AUGGAGGAAGAUAUAAUUCAAGAAGAUAAUGUGAUUAAUAAUAUUCUACCCGGGAUAAGUAAUGUUGAGGAGUCGGAGAUUUGUUUAGUGGAGAAGAAUACUACACAACGAGAGGAAGAAAUGCUUGAGGACUCUAGUUCUAGAGUUAUUCGUAAUAAGAGACCGCGGGAGGAGGAUGAGGAAGAAGAGUGGAUAGCGGUAGGAAGAAAUGGAAAGAGAGUGGGACAGAAGGUUGAUGUGUACAUUAAUAAUUCCGAAAAGCUACCGAAGCAAUUCGCGCUUGCUAAAUUAUUAAGGUCAAAUAACAUUAGUAGUGUUAGCCGGGUAAAAUAUAUAAACCCCUAUAAAGUGUUCAUACAGUUUGAAAAUGCAGAAAGUGCUGAGGAGUUGAUCAAUUGCAAACCUUUGCAAGAUUUAGGAUGGAGAUGCCAAAAACCACUCGAAGUUGUUAUAUCUUACGGCGUUAUUAAGAAUGUAGAAUUGGACUUGAGUGAAAAAGACAUGUUAGAAGUUAUUUCAAGCAAUUGUGAACUGAUAGCGGUAAAACGUUUAAAACGCAGGAAUAAGGACGGUAACGGCUGGGAAGAAAGUGAGUCAAUACGUCUGGGGUUCAAGGGUCCCUCACUACCAACGUGUGUCUACAUCUACGGCAUGAAGAUAAAUGUCGACCCAUACGUGUUCCCAGUUACCCAGUGUUCCAGGUGCUGGCGAUUUGGGCACUCCUUGCGUGUUUGUCCAAGCAAAAAGGUUGUGUGCCCUAAGUGUGGCAAGGGUCACGCUAACUGUGAGACUACCUCAUAUAAAUGUGUGAAUUGUACAGGAAACCAUUUAUGCCUGGAUAGACUCGUGUCCUGCGUUUAA